AAGAGGGACGUGUUCGCAGUGGAGCGGAGUGCAGCAGCCUCGCGUUCGGUUUCACAGAAACACAUCAAAGGAUUCCUGAGGAGUUUAAAGAGCGCAGGGACCAAACCAGGCUGUUAUGGGUUCGCGGGUCGCGGGAGGCGGGGAGGGGGGGGGGCGGUUUUGCAGCAUUGCAGAUCCCGGACUGGUGCAUAGCCUGUGUGUGUGUGUGUGUGUGUGUGUGUGAGCUCAUACACACACAUUCACACUUAACAAUGUAACUGAGGAGGACACUUUAAAAGAGAGAGAAUCCAGAGGACAGGAGACAGGGACGAAGGACAGAAGACACUCGAGUCCCUGGAGACGUCGGACCUACUGUGUGUGUGUGUGUGUGUGUGUGUGUUUCGGAUCAUGACGGACCUGUCAAGCUGAGGUCUGGUGUGAGUGCCGCUCGUGCCGCUCGUGUCGAGGUUUCACUCGGUCAUUGACCCCGUGGCGGCGGUGCGUCAUGUCUGGAGAGGAGCUGCGUUUAAAGGCGCUGGAGGAGCUGCUGCUGGCCGGGCCUGCGCGCUCAGGGGGACAGUGUCUCAGCGUGGAGACCCUGCUCGAUGUCCUCGUCUGUCUCUACGACGAGUGCAGCAGCUCCCCCCUCAGACGGGAGAAAAACAUCUUGGACUUUCUAGACUGGGCCAAACCCUUCACCUCUAAAGUAAAGCAGAUGCGCCUGCACAAGGAGGACUUUGAGAUCCUGAAGGUGAUUGGUCGAGGAGCGUUUGGAGAGGUAGCUGUGGUGAAGGUGAAGAACACAGACAAAGUGUUUGCCAUGAAGAUCCUAAACAAAUGGAAGAUGCUGAAGAGGGCUGAGACGGCAUGUUUUCGGGAGGAGAGGGACGUCCUGGUGAACGGGGACAGUCAGUGGAUAACCACUUUACAUUAUGCCUUCCAGGACGAGAACAACCUGUACUUGGUGAUGGAUUACUACGUCGGCGGUGAUUUGCUGACUUUGCUCAGCAAGUUUGAGGACCGCUUGCCUGAGGACAUGGCAAAAUUCUAUCUGGCGGAGAUGGUGCUCGCGAUCGACUCUGUGCAUCAGCUGCACUACGUUCACAGGGAUAUCAAGCCUGACAACAUCUUACUGGACAUGCAAGGUCACAUUCGCCUGGCAGACUUUGGCUCUUGUCUCAGACUGAAGGACGACGGAACAGUGCAGUCCUCGAUCGCAGUGGGAACUCCAGACUACAUCUCUCCUGAGAUCCUGCAGGCUAUGGAGGAUGGGAAAGGAAAAUAUGGGCCCGAGUGUGACUGGUGGUCUCUGGGAGUGUGUAUGUACGAGAUGCUCUACGGGGAGACGCCCUUCUACGCCGAGUCACUAGUGGAGACAUACGGCAAAAUCAUGAACCAUAAGGAGCGGUUCCAGUUUCCCACACAGAUGUCUGAUGUAUCUGAGGAAGCCAAAGACCUCAUGUGCAGGCUGAUCUGCUCUCGGGAGCAUCGGCUAGGCCAGAAUGGAAUCGAGGACUUCAAGAGUCACCCCUUCUUCUCAGGAAUCAACUGGGACGACAUCCGCACUUGCGAGGCCCCCUACAUCCCUGAAGUCAGCAGCCCCACUGACACUUCCAACUUUGACGUGGAGGACGACUGCCUAAAGAAUUCAGAAACGAUGCCACCACCGUCACACGCAGCCUUCUCUGGACUCCAUCUACCAUUUCUUGGUUUCACCUUCACUAGCAAAUGCUCUCUGUCAGAUCGGGGCUGUUUGAAAGACUCUGAAGCCUCUUCAGUGGUGGAUUCGUGUCUACAGAAGACUUUGGAGGACAGUUUGGCUUCUGAGGCCUAUGAAAGAAGGAUCCGGCGACUGGAGCAGGAGAAAAUUGAGCUUAGCCGCAAGCUCCAGGAGUCCACUAAGACGGUACAGGCUCUGCAGCACACCAACUCCAAUGUGCCACCUGGUGCCAAAGACGUAGAGAUUAAAAGCCUGAAGAGUGAGAUAGAUAUCUUGAAAAAGCAGAUAGCAGAUUCAGGGCAUCUGGAGCAACAGCAGUUUAAGGAGGCCAAUGUGGCACGGAAGGAUCUUGCAGACUCGUCUAAGGUCAUAAAGACCCUGGAAAGGCGGCUCCAAAGUGUCUCACUGGAAAAAGACAGCCUACACAAGGAAAUGCUAGACAGCAAGGAGAAGAUCAAGGUCCAGGGAAAGGAGCUAAAGGAGGCACACAGUCAAAGGAAGAUGGCCAUGCAGGAGUUCUCUGAGCUGAACGAGCGCCUCACCGAGCUGCACUCACACAAGCAGCGUCUGGCGCGCCAGCUUCGAGACAAGGACGAAGAGGUGGAGGGUCUUUCACAGAAGAUGGAAACGUUACGGCUGGAGAUACGUAAGGCUGAGAGAUCUCGCAAAGAGUUGGAGGUGCAGGUCGAGGAGCAGGCAGCUGAGGUGCAGAAGGAGAGGAAACUGCGAGAGCGCAACGAACAGUUCAGCAGACAGCUGGAGGAGGAACUGGAGGGGUUCAAGCAGGCUGGCCCGCCGCAGCCAGGAGUGAGUAUGGAGCAGCAGCAGCAGGAGAUGUCAUGGCUGCGAGCUGAGCUUGACAAGAAGAGCGUGCAGCACGAGGAGGAGCUAUGUCGCAGGGAAACGCAGCACAGCGCUGAGCUCAAGAGCCACAGGAAGGAGCUGAAUGAUGCUGAGGCCCAGCACCUGACUCUGCAAAAGGAGAUACUUAUGCUUAAAGACAAGCUGGAGAAGACACGGCGAGAAAACCACAGCGAGCGUGAAGAUUUUGAGGCAGAGUGCAAACAGAAAUAUGAACGAGAAAAAGGAGUUCUGGUGGAGGACAACAGAAAGCUAGCAGAUGAUCUGGAGAAGAUGAAGUCCAUGUACGAAACCCUGAGUUCCAGCCACAAGCAGGUGGAGGAGGAGGUGAGAGAACUGGCGGAUAAGAAGGAUAGUGUUGCUCACUGGGAGGCUCAGAUCACCGAAAUCAUCCAGUGGGUAAGCGAUGAGAAGGAUGCUCGAGGUUAUCUCCAAGCACUGGCCACUAAGAUGACUGAGGAGCUGGAGGGUCUGAGGAACAGCAGCCUCGGGGCCAGAGGCACAGACAUGCCGUGGAAGAUGCGGCGUUUGGCCAAGCUGGACAUGUCGGCUCGCCUAGAGCUGCAGUCUGCUCUGGAUGCUGAGAUCCGGGCCAAGCAGGCCAUCCAGGAUGAGCUCAACAAAGUCAAGGCCUCCAACAUCUCAACUGAGGGUAAACUGCAGGAGUCUGAGAGCAAGAACCGGCUGCUGCAAGCAGAGGUCGAGAGGUUACAGAAGGAGACGGAGGACCUGCGUCGCAGGAGAGGUGUUAAACAUCAGGAUUCCCAGAACUCCUUCCUAGCGUUCCUGAACGCUCCCUCUUCUGUGCUCGAUCACUUUGAGCGCUCGCCAUCUUGGGGUCCCGGAAGCAAAGGCCGACGUAUUGACUCAGGUGACUUUACUCCCUAUAACACUCCGUCACGAGAUGAAGAUUCAAAAUCACGCCGCAUCUCCCGCUCCCGCUCGCCAUCCACGGCUAGUGACAUGGAGCCGUUAGAGCUGGUGGAUCACUCGUUACGUCUUCACACUCCGACCAGCAGAUCAAGCUACAGCAGCCAGGAGCAUCCCGCUAGUAAACCCAAGCCUCAUCAGUUUGCUGUGAAAUCCUUCAGCGUUCCCACCAAGUGUAACUACUGCACCUCACUGAUGGUCGGCCUCAUGCGGCAGGGCUGCAUGUGCGAAGUGUGUCAUUUCUCUUGUCAUGUGAUGUGUGCGGAUAAGGUUCCAUCCGUUUGCCCCAUCCCUCCUGACCAGAUCAAAGGUCCACUGGGUAUCGACCCACCUCGGGGAAUCGGCACCGCCUAUGAGGGCUAUGUGCGGGUGCCGAAGCCCACUGGUGUGAAGAAAGGCUGGCAGAGAGCGCUGGCUGUAGUCUGUGACUUUAAGCUGUUUCUGUAUGAGGUUGGCGAGGCCAAGGCCACUCAGCCCAGUGUGGUUGUGAGUCAGGUCAUCGACAUGAGGGAUGAAGAGUUUUCAGUAAGCUCCGUCUUGGCCUCAGACGUCAUCCAUGCCAAUAGGAAGGACGUCCCGUGUAUAUUUCGGGUAACAGCGUCUCACCUGUCCUCCUUGUGCCAGAAGACGUCUAUUUUGAUUCUGGCUGAUAGCGACCACGAGCGCACCAAGUGGGUCAGUAUGCUGCUUGAGCUGCACCGCAUUCUCAAGAAGAACAAGUUGAAGGAUCGCUCUGUCUUUGUGCCCAAAGAAGCCUAUGACAGCAUGCUGCCUCUCAUCAAAACUACACAGACUGCUGCUAUUAUAGACCACGAGCGUGUGGCUCUCGGUAACGAGGAAGGUCUUUACGUGGUCCACAUCACCAAAGAUGAAAUUGUCCGUGUGGGCGACAACAAGAAAGUGCACCAUGUGGAGUUGAUGCCCUCCGAGCAGCUGCUAGCUGUAAUCUCAGGCAGGAACCGUCACGUGCGUCUCGUGCCCAUGGUUGGCCUGGAUGGCCGCGACUCUGAUUCCUUCAAACUGCUCGAGACCAAAGGGUGUCAGCUGCUGGCUUCAGGAAAACCUCGGCAUGGUGCUCACACCUGCCUGUGUGUGGCCAUGAAGCGUCAGGUCAUCUGCUAUGAGCUGAAUAAGAGCAAGGCACGGCACCAGCGCCUCAGAGAGAUUCAGGUGCCGGGUGUGGUGCAAUGGAUGGCGUUUCUGAGUGAAUAUCUCAUGGUGGGCUUUCAGGGCGGCUUCAUGCGCUAUAGCCUGCACUCUGACGCGCCUCCCGUUAGCCUCCUGCAUCUGGACGAUCACACGCUGGCCUUUAUAACACAGCAGGGCAUGGACGCAUUGUGCGCCGUGGAAAUCUCCAGCAAGGAGCUGCUGCUGUGCUUCAGUUGCGUGGGGGUCUGUGUGGACCUCCAUGGCCGACGCUCACGCCAGAUGGAGCUGAUGUGGCCUGCUGUCCCUACCUCCUGCUGCUACAGCGCCCCCUACCUCUUAAUGUACAGCGAGAAUGCGGUGGACGUGUUUGACAUCAACACCUUGGAAUGGAUUCAGACUAUUCCUCUAAAAAAGAUACGGCCGCUAAACCCCGAUGGCUCUCUGAAUCUCCUCGGCUCAGAAACAGUGAGGCUCGUCUACUUCAAAAACAAGGCAGCAGAGGGGGACGAGCUGGUGGUGCCAGAGGUGUCAGAUAACAGCCGCAAGCAGAUGGUGCGCAGUAUGAACAAUAAGAGACGCUUCUCAUUCCGCAUACCUGAGGAGGAAAGACUACAACAAAGGAGAGAAAUGCUGAGGGACCCUGAAAAAAGAAGCAAGCUGAUCUCCAAUCCCACCAACUUCAACCAUGUGGCUCACAUGGGACCAGGAGAUGGAAUGCAGAUUCUUAAAGAUCUACCCGUGAACAUGCGUGCUCAGGAAAGCCGGUCUGGUUUCAGUGGCUCAGUCAGUAUCCCAUCCUUAGCAAAGAAUCGUGGUGAACCCGGACGCUCCAUGAGCGCCAGCAGCGGUCUGGGUAUACGCUCUUCAUCUCAGAACGGCAGCGCCCUGAGAAGAGAGCUCUCGAGCAGUAGCUACAGCUCCAAGCGGCAAACAAUGACAUCGCCGUCUGAGAGCUCUCUGUCAUCAGGAGGAGGCAUAGAUGCAGGAGAUGCACCACUUUCUCAGUUUGACCGGGAGUGGCAGGCUGUCUCACCCUCGGAAAAGACGCCCGAUCUGAAACGGGCGUUACGGACCCUACUUAGUAAGAUGAAGGACUCAGACUCACCGCGUCACUCCACUGCCUCGAACAGCUCGACGUUCAGCAGCCCGCCCAGUCCUGCGUCACCACACAAGACCAAGUCUCUGUCCCUGGAGAGCACGGACCGUGUAGGCUGGGACACAUGAUGAAGGAUCCAAAGAAAUAAACCUCGAGCACCUCUGGAUCCUCUCUCUGAUUUAUCCAGAUUUUCAUUGGGGGUUGGGGAGGACGUGUGGCUAUCAACAAGUCUGUGUGUGUGUGUGUGUGUGUGUGUGUGUGUGGUCAUUGGUUCCUUUCAGUCUGGCUCAAAGUGAGUUCGCACACACACUACAUUGGAACUUGACUGUACUGAUGUUCGUAUAGAAACUGGGAUUUGGGGUGCACUACUUAUUUCUUAAUCCAAUGUUCACUGUUGAAGAUCAGCUGUGGACCCCACCAACCACCGCAUCUAUGAUGAAACUGCCAUUCUGAUGCGCUACUAGCUGACAUAGACACUUCCAACCUGCCCUACUCUCAGACCACAUCCUAUACACGAUGCCCACUUUCUACCCCGAUGUCAUGUCACUGGGGUCACGACCUGCACCCCUACUGUGGAAUUUCACAAGCGCACUGUGCUGCCAGAAAUAAGGCACUAAUCACACAGUAUAACGAAUGUGAUAUGAUUUUGGACAAUAAGCAUUUAAUUGGGUGAGUUCUGGUUAAUCGAAGCCUUCCACAUACGGUACCAUCACAAUAAUGUACAUAGGCUGCGCAUAAUGUAAAACAAUGACAUUUUAUAGAGAGAAAUACAUUUUGCCUGCAUUAUUUAAUUUGAUUUUAUAAUUCAUAAAACAUUAUUUUAUGUCUUGUGAAUUUUUUUUUACAUUGUUUAUUUUCCAUGCGUAGAGUUUAAGCAUCUGUGUUUUUCCCUCCGAUCUCCAUUAUAAGAGGAUAUAACACGUAUCGUCCCGAACCAGGGGUAAAUUGUUCAUAUGAUUUAUUCAUUAGGACAGAUUUCCACUUACACCUUAACAUUCCCAGCUGCACAAAGAUAAAUGCAAGAAAACGUUGAAGUUGUUUUAUGAGUGUUUGUGUUUUUUGAUCAUGUUUCCUGCUUAUAUUGUGGCAGGUUUCAUUUGAUUAUAGAGGUUAGCUGCACAACUUUUCCAGUUGUUUCAUUAGAACUGCCUCCUUGUCAAAAAUCCAAUUAUAUUAUACCAUCGUUACCUUCUAUUUAAUUUCCCUGGGAUUAAUAAAGUUCUUUGAAUCUUGAAUCGUAAAAUCACUGAAGUGGUCUAAAGAACAUGGUCAAGUUGCCCGCUGGCUUUGGGAGCUGUGGGAUCUGAUGAGAUCAUGUGCAACCAUUUCUGACUCCUGUUUCAGUGCAAUUCGAACGUGAGCACAGUUUACUGUGUUACUAGAUAAUUGGCGCCCGUCUCUAGUGCGGAUCUCAGUCCCCGCUCAGCUCACAACUUUGAAUUUGCUGCAUUGUUCCAGCUGUAGCUCAUAUCCGCAUGUAAAGAAAGGCAGAAGGCAGCUAUUGCACAAUUACAAUGGCCUUUCUGCAAUAGUCCACAUUAGCUCUCUUCGCUUUUUUUUUUUACUUGUUUUGUAAUAAUUUGUACAGUUUUGCAUGCUAUGUGUAUUUAUUUUCUGGUUCUGUUACGGAUUUGAGUUCUGUUUUGUCGAUUUUUUGAAUGUUUAGGGGACUUUUCCUGAUGAGAGCUCCAUGCUCUAUACAACUGGUUUCGCAAGAUCAAUAUCUAUAGACUGAAAUAGUGCAUUUCUAUAAAAGGAAGAUGAUAUGACACGGGGGAUUUUAGUUAUUUGACCAAGAAAUAACAUUGGACCUGAACAAACGGGUCGAAUUUCACUGACAUCUACUUCAACUUAGAGACUCUACAUGAGAAGACUUAGCCAAGACAAGAGUUUACUCAUCAAUUUAUUCAAAAUGAUUCCACAUCAAUGGUUCUACAUUUGCAGCAAGCGAUUAUGUUUUGGGUCUGUUUGAUUAUGCUGUAAUACUGCUCUUUACAUGUCAAAUGUUUAGCACUAUUAUCAAUAAAACAUUCAGCCAUCA